UUGCUAAUUGAAAACACCUCAGUUGAGCAGCUAGGUCUAGCUAGAAAGGUGACCAUUACUAAAGACUCAACCACCAUUAUGGCUGAUGCUGCAUCAAAGGAUGAGUUACAAGCCAGAAUUUCUCAGCUGAAGAAAGAGUUGGCUGAGACAGAUUCUGUAUAUGACUCAGAGAAACUAGCUGAGAGAAUUGCCAAAUUGUCUGGUGGAGUUGCUGUUGUUAAAGUGGGAGCUGCAACAGAAACUGAGCUUGAGGACCGUAAGCUCCGUAUUGAAGAUGCUAAGAAUGCAACUUUUGCUGCUAUAGAGGAAGGGAUCAUGCCUGGUGGUGGUGCUGCACUGGUUCACCUCUCUUCUCAUGUUCCUGCAAUUAAGGAUAAGCUUGAGGAUGCUGAUGAGCGGUUAGGAGCUGACAUUGUGCAGAAGGCACUGGUAGCACCUGCAUCAUUGAUAGCACAGAAUGCCGGAGUUGAGGGUGAGGUUGUAGUGGAGAAGUUGAAAAGCAGAGAAUGGGAGAUUGGCUACAAUGCCAUGACAGACAAGUAUGAGAACCUGCUUGAAGCUGGAAUUAUUGACCCGGCAAAGGUGACAAGAUGUGCCUUACAGAAUGCAGCCUCGGUGGCAGGAAUGGUCCUCACUACCCAGGCUAUUGUUGUGGAAAAGCCAAAGCCCAAAGCUCCAGCGGCAGCUCCCCCACAAGGCCUUGCCAUAUGAUCUCAUCGCCAGGACCACCAGCCGGAGGUAUAGAUGUACACCAAUGUAUAUAUACAUGCUCUCAAUGGAAGCAUAAUCAAUUAAGCAGCCAGAGAAAGGAAGAGAGGAAGAGGAAGAGCAAAAUGAAGCCAAAAACUGUAGCCGAAAGUUUUACCAUGGGAAAAUACAACAUUACAAACCACUCGGAAUUGGAAAUAAAUGUUUGCUUUAUGAGAAAUGUUACCAGUGACUCCUUUUGGCAAAUCAGCAAUCCAUUCAAUCUAUAUCUGCCCGCCAUAGCCAUUCAAAUAAGUCUGAUGAUAUUGACCACCUGCAUUCUCAUGUUCAUCCUCAAACCCCUUCGCCAGCCGCGUUUCGUUGCCGAAAUGAUUGCUGGAAUUAUAAUCGGUUCACCGAUAACGGGUAACUUACAACUCUCCCAGAUUUUCACUUUUGAAGACAACUACGUAGCCGAGCAUUUCUGCGGUUUGGGAUUGACUUAUUACAUGUUCUUAAUGGGGUUAGAGAUGGAUGUAUCGGCGUUAAGACAGAUCAGAAAGAGGACAUUAAGUAUUUCGGUUGUCGGAAUUUUGGUUCCACUUAUUGUCGGAGGUGGCUUAUAUUUUGUACCCUUACGUGGUGUCGGAGACGGAGCCGGAAAAUUGAUUCCUAUGGGUGCCAUGUUUUCGGCUAUAUCAUUGAGCAACUCGAGCUUCCCUGAUCUAGCAAGAAUCCUAUCAAAUGUGAAGCUUUUACAUACAGAUCUUGGGAGACUGGCUUUAACUUGUGCCUUUAUCAGUGACAUCAGUGCGUGGGUUUUUCUUGUGAUGACUAUAAACUUCUAUGAUCUCCGUCGGUUCUACAUGGCAGCAAUACCAACGAGUAUUUUUCUGUUGGGAUGCUGGUUCUUGUUACGUCCAGGGAUCAGAUGGAUGAUAAAUGAGAACAAAAAGAAAGGGAGAAAAUGUUUGAAUGAAACACAAAAAAGUUUCAUCCUAGCGGCGGUGGCUGUAUGUGGGUGCAUUGCAGAUGCCUGUGGGUCGCAUUCCAUGAUAGGCGGCUUUAUGUUGGGAUUUCUCAUCCCACAGGGAGAGAUUGCCAUUGAUAUUACAGAAAGCAUUCAAGGAUUUGUGAACCAAAUCAUGUUGCCCAUGUAUUUUUUGCUUAAUGGCCGUCGAACAAAUUUGCUUACUUUAACAUACAGCACUAGAUGGGUCAAUGUGUUAGUCGUUAUAAUUGUGGCUUCUUCCUCCAAAGUUGUCAGCACUCUGCUCGUCUGUUUAUUCCAUGGCAUGUCACUGAGGGAAGCCUUGGCUUUAGGAGGCCUUCUCAACACCAAAGGUGUUUUGUCUCUCAUUGUUCUUAAUGAAGGCCGGGCCAUGAAAGCUAUGGAUAAUACAACAUUCGUUGUAAUGGGGAUUACAACAUUGGUAAUGUCUUCUACGGUGGCACCAAUAUUCUUCUUAGUCGAAAAAUCAACGAAACGUUUCAGCAACUACAAGCAGAGGACCAUAGAAACAAGUAAUCCAAACGCAGAACUUCGAAUUCUCACAUGCAUUCAUUCAAUCCGAAACGUCUCGGGCAUCAUCAAUCUUCUCCAACUUUCUAACGCCACCAGGAGAUCCCCUCUGUUUGUCUUCGCCGUGCACCUCGUGCAGCUCACUGGUACCGGCCGUGCCUCCGCCAUGCUUAUUGUUCAAGACUCGAGAAAAACUAGUCCUUUAAUUGGUAACGCAAAAGACACCGACGACGUCACCCCUCAAAGGGCAGAGUCGGAUCAAAUCAUCAACGCCUUUGGAAACUUUGAGCGGACAAACCAAACGGCGGUGACAGUGCAUUCGCUGACGGCUGUGUCGCCUUACACCACCAUGCACGAGGACAUCUCCCACCUUGCACAGGACAAGCAUGUUGCCUUCAUUUUGGUGCCAUAUCACAAGCUACCAAGAACCGACGGUCGGUUACAUGGGUAUAAUAUUUCUAUAUGCGAAUUUAACCAAAAAUUACUCAAUAAUGCACCAUGUUCAGUCGGCAUUCUAGUUGACCGUGGAGUGGGAACUUCCGUACAAUGUAAUUCAACAGAUUUCGAUAAAUCGGAAUUCCAUAUCGCCAUGCUCUUCAUCGGCGGACCUGACGAUCAUGAGGCAUUAAGUUAUGCAACUAGAAUGGCUGAAAAACCAGGUGUCACUUUAACCGUGGUGCGAUUUCUUCAAGCUAAAGAGGAAAAUACAAAAAACGAGAGUAAUCUGGAAGAGAUGACGGAGAGUGAUGAAGGGAAGGAGAUGGAUGACGACUUCAUAAACGAGUUCAGGUUCAAGAUAAUGUUCGAAGAACACGUAAGUUAUCAAGAGAAAACGGUGAAUAACGGGGAUGAAUUAAUGGAAUGUGUAAGUUCAAAUUACAGUGACUCUGAUUUGUAUAUAGUUGGACGUAGAGAUGGAGUAAAAUCAAAAUUAACAAGGGAGCUUUCAGAAUGGAGCGAUAGUCCAGAGCUGGGAGCCAUUGGCGAGACAUUGAUAACAACUCAAGCUACAGAACAUGCGUCAGUUCUGGUGGUGCAACAACCUGCCAUCGGUCAAUUAGGAAGUGGGCCGCGGCGUCGAAAGGCCAACUAUGGAAAAAAGACAUGGGCUUCACCGGUUCUAAAUCCUGAUUAUGAAGCCUAUGCACGCAGAUACAAUUCGUGAAGAACGUGUAAAAUGGAGCAUUUUUGGCAACAUUUUACAUUAUAAAACUUAAAAAAAUAGCUGUGCUGUCUUCCAAUGGUUGGUAGAAUAUGUAAAAAAUAAUAAUAUAUAUUUAUUUUAGAUAUACAAA